AUGCGUGGGCUGUAUUUUUAUUGUUGCCUAUUGGUUGCUAUCUCGUUCGUUGCCCUACCGGUACCAUCCCUUCCUACUCCUCCGUCACUAAACCCAAUCGUACUACCUGUACGCCACGUCGCAAAAGGUUCAACUACUGCCAGUCGCCGUCAUCUUUUCGAGCGGCGUGGGUCGCUUGACCUUGACAUCGCUGGUGAAGGUGGCGCGCUUGCUGUCGAAUUAAGCAUUGGAACACCAGGCCAGACGUUCAUACUUUUAUUUGACACUGGCAGCUCAGAUACAUGGGUGCCAGGACCAAAUUGUAGCCAAGAUGACGGAUGUAUUUCAGGACGAGUAUAUCGAUCGGAUCAAUCCCGAACGUAUGGUACCGUUCCCAAAAACGCCCAAUCGUUCAAUGCAACCUAUGGAUCGGGAACGGCGUCCGGGACUUAUUUUACCGACACCAUCAAUUUCAACGUUCAUGGUGGUGACACACAGCAGCAUUUGGCUAAACAAGUAAUGGCAGCAGUUGAAACUUCCGCCGGAUCACUUGCACAUCAGUCGCCCGUCAGUGACUCUAAACAAAUCAUGGAUGGUGUUUUUGGCGCUGCUUUUCCAGAUCUGACAGUCAUGGCAGACGGUGGACAUGCGUACAACCCUAUUCCGCAAUCCCUUUAUGCAGCAAAUCUUAUACCAUCGCCUAUUUUCUCGGUCCAAUUCAACGACGGUACUGGUACUGGAUCUGUGGUCUUUGGAGGACUUGCUGGCGGUAUAGACCCAAAGAAGAUGCAAUACACCAGCGUCGUUCCUGAAGGUGGCACUUUUCAGCAUUGGACCGCUACCGUCAACAGUAUCACUGCUAGUAGUAGUAGUGCCACAAUCACCGCAAGCGACAAGAAGAUCAGGGACCAGAGCACCCUAAACUUUCUAUCCAAACCAACUGCUUUCGCUUUCGAUACUGGAACGACAUUGACUUUAUUACCGGCUGAUACAGCCAAAGCAUUGGUUCGUUCUGUCUGGCCAAACGCUGAACUGCUCUACACCAGCGGCGAUACGAGUGGCACUGGUUACUUUCGUAUACCUGACUGUUCUAAAAACACACCGACGGGAAACCUUACACUCGAGCUUCCGGGUACCUCGUCGUCAACAUUGACACUUUCUGUACCAUUCUCGAAACUUGUACAAGCUUACUCUGAUGCCAAAAAUGAUGAUUCUUGUCAAGCAUUGAUCGCAGCCUGGCGAGUUCCUAUUAUUGGAAAUACGUUCAUGGCGCACUUUAUUACCAGCUUUGACUUUGGAGACAACAAGCGAAUUGGCUUUGCCCCAGUUCCUUAA